AUGCAGCAAAAAAACAGUUAGUUCUGCGUAUUGCUUAAAAUUCAGUGAUAAUGAGUUUGUUAUAUGUUAUACUUCUGAUUUUUUUAAAUAUAUUCAAUGUACAAUAUUCCUGUUCUAAUGCUGCUAAUAUCAAUGCCACUGGAAUUCAGUACAAAUAUUUUGAUAAAAAUUAUAAUUUAAUGGACGAAAUGAACUUAAAAAUUGCUGACAACAGUUCAUUAUUAGUGUUUGUCCACGGAUUCAGAUCAAGUACCCACAGUGGUAUGAUAGUGAACUUUGGAAAAUCUUUGGCACGGUUGACGGACUUCAACGUGGUUCUAGUCGAUUGGUCGAAUUGGACUCAGAAAAUGGAUUACACCGAUAUAGUUCUACAAUUACCCACUGUGGCACCGUAUUUAGUCAGCUGGUUAAACGGUUUGAAGGACCGCGGCGUCGUGAAUAGCUUCGACGAUGUUACAUUAAUUGGCCAUAGUCUGGGAGCUCAGUUGAUUGGUUACGUGGGCCAUAGGUUGAAUGGCACUGUUAAGAGAAUUAUUGCCCUUGAUCCAGCGCAACCUAAUUUCAAAGCCAGUCAGAAAAAUGAAAGAGUAGAUAUCAAGAGCGGUCAGUUUGUAGUGGUUUUACACACAUCAACGUCAUUUUUGGGAUUGAGAGAGCCUGUGGGCCAUGUCGAUUUUUACUUCAAUGGGGGUCAAAUACAGCCGUCUUGCAGUCUUGAUACAGUUUGCGGUCACAUAGUGGUCUUGGACUAUUUCAUUGCAUCUUUGAAAAACCCGAAUACGUUCACAGCUUUUCAAUGUGAUACGCUACUCGACUGUGAGAACCAAACCAUCAAUGAACACAAACCGACAGUUGCAAUGAACAUGAACAUACCGACUUCAACCCGAGGAUUGUAUUCUGUCAAAACCGAGAAAAAGGAUUUAAAAGUAUUCUUAUGUUUAUUAGUCGAACGAGCAGCACUACGGGGAGAAAAAAUUCCAAUCAAAACCUAGGCAGCAAAAUCGUUCGCAUAUCCAAAAUGAGUUGAAGACAGUAAAUACAUAUAAUAAGAUAUGAUAGAAAAAAUAAAAAUAAAAGUAUUGAAAAAAGAACUACAUUAUACUCAUGCCUGUGAAAACCAUCGUCGUAAUUUACCUUUUAUCGUAGUACCACAGCAUCAGUGAUAAUUUUUACAGUUCAGUGUAUCAUCGGUACAUUAUAUUAAACUCAAGCCGGUUCGGAGUAUUGUCGUGCAUGGAUGGAGCAUACGGGAAUGGCGUGGACAAAUAGAAGAGAUGGGUUGUUUUUUUUUUCAGGAUGAAAGGUUAUUAUAGACAAAAGGAUUGUCCUCGAAUUUUUCGGGUGUUCAUAAUGUUCAACACCAUCUAUUAUUUUUUUCGAUCAAAAAAACCACGCGAAGAUAUUGUUCACCAAACACUGUAUUUCAAAUUAAUUUGAAUGCGGUCAUGCGAUCGCACCGAAAUAGUUUGUUAAGUUAGGUUAGCUACACGCACGCGAACAUAAAGCACGUGCGUAUAAAAUUCGUUCAUUUUAUCAUCCGGAUGCGUGUGUUCAUUAUAAUAUGAUUAGAUAAGAUAAUUAUGAUAAGAUCAGAUAAUAUCAAUGGCAUAUUUAGAUGUUUUCCCUUUUCGAUUCGAUAUGUCUUUAAGUGUCUAUGAAUACUACGUGCGAUGUCGAAGAACUCUGUUGGACUAGCACAACACCACAAUCGAAGGUCGAUUUAAGGCGUGAUAUAAAGUUUGAUAAUUUAUAAUUGUCAGAUUUAAAAUACACCGGUGAUUAUUAUUA